UUUUAUAUAUAUAUAUAUAUAUAUAUAUAUAUCGCAGUUCAGUACUGUGAAAUUCAGAAUAUAGAAAAAAUAAAUAAAAGAACAAGAGAAUGAAACAGACUAUUCUCAUUCUCUGUUGUUUUCUCCAUUGAUAUUAGUUUAAAGGGGUUUGAUUCUUUUUUGAUAGGGUGGUUUGGGGUCGGAAGGAAUCUGAUGGCGAAAACGGGGGUGUUGAGUUCUGAUCCGACGGCGAGAGCGAGAGCGGUGGAAUUGAAGAAAGAAUUGCAGAGACUUGUUAGGACUAUCGUCGACGACGAUGAUUACAGCAUCCACGCCGUUGAUCAAGCUAAAGAUGCUCUUUGUGCUUUGAGAGAACUUAUGUUCAAUAAACGACCGACGGCGACGUUGAAGUUACAUGAAGCGGUGUCGUGUCCUGAACAGUUUAAAUGUCCUAUUUCUAAAGAGCUUAUGAGAGAUCCCGUUAUUUUAGCUUCUGGUCAGACAUAUGAUAGACCCUUUAUCCAGAAAUGGCUGAAUUCAGGCAACAGGACUUGCCCUCGAACCCAGCAAGUUCUUUCUCACACGAUCCUCAUCCCGAAUCACCUGAUCAAGACGAUGAUAUUCCAGUGGUGUAAGAGCCAGGGGAUUGAAUUACCGAGCCUAGUGCAGUGCGGUCGAGAGGAGGGCAUUACCGAAGGGGAACGCGACCGUUUCUUUUCUUUGCUCGACAAGUUGUCUGCUGCGCUUCCUGAACAGAAGGAAGCAGCAAAGGAGCUUCGGUUGUUGACAAAAAAGAUGCCUUCAUUCCGGGCUCUUUUCGGCGAAUCCGUUGAUGCCAUAACUCAACUGCUCACCCCACUCUCUGGAAGCAAAUCUCAGAGCAGUGUUCAGCCCGAUCUCCAGGAAGAUGUGAUCACGACACUCUUGAACCUUUCGAUCCAUGACAACAAUAAGAAGCUUGUUGCUGAAACUCCAAUGGUCAUUCCCAUUCUUAUGGAAGCGCUGAGAUCUGGAACUAUUCAAACGAGGAGCAAUGCAGCUGCAGCCUUUUUCACUCUAUCCGCUCUUGAUUCGAACAAGGCAAUAAUUGGUAAAUCUGGUGUCACGAAGCCUCUCGUUGAUCUUUUAGUCGAGGGCCAUCCGUUAGCAAUGAAAGAUGUUGCUUCAGCAAUCUUUAACCUAUGCAUUUUCCAUGAGAAUAAGGCAAGAGCAGUCAGGGAUGGUGCAGUAAGGGUCAUUUUGAGAAAGAUUAUGGAUGGUGUUCAUGUCGAUGAAUUGUUGGCCAUCCUUGCAAUGCUUUCGACUCAUCAAAGGGCUAUUGAAGAAAUGGGAGAGCUUGGAGCUGUUCCUUGCUUGCUUCGUAUUAUCAGGGAGAGCAAUUGUGAACGGAAUAAGGAAAAUUGCAUUGCAAUCCUGCACUCCGUUUGUCUUAACGAUCGAACCAAGUGGAAGGUGCUAAAGGAAGAAGAGGUUACCUAUGGAACGAUAUCUAAGCUUGCUCAAGACGGAACAUCUAGAGCCAAGAGAAAGGCUAACGGCAUUCUCGAGAGACUGAGAAGGGCCGUUAAUAUUACUCAUACCGCAUGAAGACACUACUCAAUGCAACAUCACCAAGUGCAUCAUUUGUAAAUUCUGUUUCCAACACCCUGUCACCGGUGCCUCUAAUCAUCAAAUCCAAUUUUGUAAAUCCUUGUCCCUCGUCAGAGUUUUCAUCUCAGGUAUAAUGGUUAGCCACUGUUAAUAAACACGCUGCGUGAGCUUAUGUUUAUAAGAUGUUCUCUUUGUUUGGGAUUUUACAGGUAAUAGAAUAAUGUCUCUCUUUUUAUGCU